AUUUGUCAACCCUUUGCAAAUUUCUAAAAAUUUUUGGUUAUUUAUUUAAAUUUAAAUAUGACCAGGGAAAGCAUAGAACUGGGAAAUGUAACUCCACAUAAUAUAAAACAACUAAAGCGCCUAAAUAGUGUGGUUUUUCCUGUAUCCUAUAACGACAAAUUUUACAAAGACGUUCUUGAAGCUGGUGAAUUAGCUAAACUCGCUUAUUACAAUGAUAUUGUUGUUGGGGCAGUGUGUUGUCGCAUCGAUACAUCGGAAAAAUCUAGAAGACUUUAUAUAAUGACUCUAGGAUGCUUAUAUCCUUACAGGAGAUUAGGGAUUGGAACUCUUAUGGUCCAACAUGUCUUGAAUUAUGUAGAACAAGAUGGUAAUUUCGAUAGUAUAUUUUUGCAUGUCCAAGUAAAUAAUGAAGGGGCCAUCGAUUUUUAUAAGAAAUUUGGUUUUGAAAUUGUAGAAACAAAAGAACACUAUUAUAAGAGAAUAGAGCCUGCAGAUGCACAUGUUCUUCAAAAAACUCUUCGAAACAAGGGCCAAAUGAAUGGCACUAUUGAAUGAAAUUUAAGGCUCAAUGCUGUAAUUUAUUUGUUAUAGUAUUUUUACCAUUUUUGUUAAGCUAAUUUUACCACGUUUUUUUGUACAUACUUAAUAAACUCAAUUUGAGGUUUUCAUUUUCAUUAUUUAUUUUUUAUAAUUAUAUUUGAUAAAAAUAAAUAUUACCAGUUCUGUGGAAAGUUAACA